AUGAAGAUAACUUUUAUUGUGUCGUUAUUGGUUUCUGCUGUCCAAGCAGACUCGCCAUUUACAAGACACCAGCUGUUGACACACACUACGAUACUUGGUGAAGUGACUGGUCUAAAAAUAUGGAAAUACAACACGACAGUUUAUCAAUUUAAGAAAAUUCCUUAUGCUAAGCCACCUUUGACUUCUCUUCGCUUUGAAAGACCACAACCAAUCCGCUCUUGGAACGAAACAUUAAACGGAACAGAAUAUGGACCUAACUGCAUGCAAUAUUUAUUUGAAAACGAUAAGCGCCUUAUUCCAAACUUGAAAAUAUCGGAAGACUGUCUUCAUCUGAAUAUAUUUGCACCAAGAGACCUAAAUAAAACUAGCAACAGACCAGUAAUGAUUUGGAUACAUGGAGGAGGGUUCACAAACGGCCAAGGUAUGAUGUUUGACGGCUCCAAACUGGCAGCGUUAUAUGAUGUUGUCAUCGUGACAAUUAAUUAUAGAUUAAAUAUAUUUGGCUUUAUAAAUGUUGGUGCAGGACCAGGGCGCAACAUUGGUUUAUGGGAUCAAAGAUUUGGUAUUAAAUGGGUUAAAGAUAAUAUCAUGGAUUAUGGAGGAAAUCCUGAAAUGAUAACAAUAUUUGGGGAAUCUGCUGGUGGUAUUAGCGUCGGACUGCAAUCUGUAAUUCCGAAAAACAAAGGUCUUUUCCAAAGAACAAUUGCUCACAGUGGGUCUUUGCUUUUAAUACGGGAUAUUGACGACACAGAAAAACUAACCAGAGAAAUUGGUCGGAUCUUUAACUGUUCAGAAUGUCUUAAUGGAAUACAAACUUGUUUAGAUUGCUUAAGAAAGGUUUCGGCAGAAAGUCUACUUCAAAAGUAUGCAGCCGCCGAAAAUAUUCUUCAAAAUGGGUUUUCUAUGAACAGUACCAUUGGACCUAUUGUCGAUGGGGAACUGAUACCAGAAAAUCCUGUUGAUAUGCUAUCGGACUCGACAUCUCCAGCAUCACAGAUGUUUAGUAGCAUUGAUUACAUAACAGGAACUAACGACUGUGAAGCUGGUUUAUUUUAUUUUAAUUUAAUUGGACAACAGGCAUCAUUUAACUUUGACUUGAAAAAAGGAAUUCCAUCUCGCAUAGUGUGUAAUUUGUUUGCUGCUCACGUAUCACGUGAUAUUUUUAAAGGUUGCGACAAAGUAUCAGAAGAAAUAUGUCAAAAGUAUUCACCCCAAGAUAAAAAUCCUUCCCUAUCACAGGAAACGUAUCAAGCAAUGAAUGCCUAUAGUGAUUUGGAAUUCGCAUCGCUAGCAGUCCGAGAUUUAGAUUUUCAUAGUCGAAGUAACAAAGGAACAUAUCAAUACCUUUUCACACAUAAACCGACCUGGGGUCUAAUUGAAGACAGACCCAGUUGGCUUGUUGGUGCAAAUCACGCAGAUGAACUCGAAUUUGUUUUUGGUUUGGAGGACUGGUUUCCUGUGAAUAUUGAUAUCAGCCCAUAUGAAGUUGAGUUAUCGUCUAAAAUGAUGUCAUUUUGGACGACCUUUGCAAAAACGGGGAAUCCAAAUCCAAGAAAUACACAGGAAUGGCCAGCAUAUGACAAGACCACCAAGAGGUUUAUUAUUCUAGGAGAAUACAGGAAUUCUACAGUGGAUGGUUUUCAUGACAGAAUGAGGUUUUGGAAUGAAAAUGUUCCUAAACUUGUGUCAGAGUGCCACCAGAAAACAGAUACUAGUACGCCAAACCAAGCAAUUAAUUUCACCCUCAGCGCAGGUUGUUCUUACGCUAUGUCUAUCAGGAUUGUAGUUCUGCUACUGCUUUACCACAUUUUUAUUAUCUAUUAG